AUUUGUUUGGAAGACAAUUAUUUUAAGUUUCGGUGGCACUAAGACGAACUUCGCCCUCGAAUGUAUAUUUUAUAAUUUAUGAAUAAAUAAUUAAAGUCAAUAAAAUAAUAAAGGAGAGAGCUCACAAUUUAAUGAAGUUAUACCGUCAAGAACGCUCGAAACCAAACAUGGAAUAACAUGGGGUUAGUUUUGAAGUCAUCGCAAUGAAUAAUUAAUAAACAAAUCAAUAACUUAAAAGUGCACUACAUGUUAGGUGAAGUAGAAAAAAACCUUAAAGGAGGAAGAAGAAAACUACAACACGGUUUUAAUGUUUAAAAAAAUCAUUUAUACGAGUUAGUAAUAACGAAAGCAAGCAUUCCUUUAUCUGGGAAUAUUUUUAACUUUGUUUUUCUCUGUCUUGCAAGCGUAAGAAUUAUUUAAAAUGAUUUAUGGUUUACGUGAUUUUCUAACACGUCAUCGUCGAAAAUUUUUAAUUACUGGCGUGGUCGUGGGCGGGACUUUUAUCGCUUUAAAGUUCGUCCAACGUAAGUUAAUUGACUUGCAAGAAAGACGAACACGUGAAUUUUUGGAGAAAGCGCGACGGCUGCAACAUUUUGAAUCGACGGAACACACAUGCAAUCAAUUCAUAAUUAAUAUGAGUGCAGAACUGGGACAGGCGAUUAUUAAGGAGUGCAGUACUGAUGACUUAUUGCAACAGUUGAGAGAUAAUCCUUCAAAUAAGUUAGAUUUAUGGGAGGAGAUAAAAUUUGUCGCCUUCACCAGAUUGACGACUUUCAUUUAUGCCUCUUCUAUGCUGGUAGUGGCUUUACGAAUACAAUUAAAUGUGUUGGGCGGUUAUGCUUACCGAGCUACCGCAUCCGACAAUGAAAAAAUUGAAAUAAACGACGUACAAAAAAAACAGUACCUCAUGUUACUGCACCACUUUUUACAAGAUGGAGGCUUAUCGGACCUGAUACGUUUAAUACGAAGCAAAGUGGUGACGAUAAUGCGACAAAUGGCUUUGAGUAAACGUCUUAGUUUAACUGAUAUAGAACAAUUAUUUUGGUCAUUGCAGAUGGCUAUUAACAGCGAAUCCAACAAAGAUCCGUGUUCGAAAAUGUGCAGAUAUUUGUUACCGUCGAAGUUACCUGAUCAUGGAUGCAGUGAUAAUAACUCCUUGUUACAGCAGAUGUUUAAUGAAACCUUGGAUUUGUUAGAAAGUGACGAUGUGACCACAAUAUGUUCCAACAAUGUGUGUCGAGGCUUCUCAUUAGCUGUUGAUGCCAUUGCUGAGAGUAUGGGAGAGAGUAUACAUUUGGCUCAACAAUCCAAAGUCACUUCGCCCCGAGGUGAUGAUGACUGUAUUCCUAGCAAGACACCGAACUCUACAGACUUAAAAACCUCAACAAGUUCAACGGAUAAUAAUAACAGUACGCCAGCAUCUUCAAUUUCCAGAAAUGAUGAAUGCCUAAUCAAUAUAAACAGUGUGCAGAUGGCUUUGGCUAAAGUGAUACCCAUCGUUAAUGACCUCACUUCCAAAGGUUUCGAUGCCAAUUCGCGUCCUCAAAAUUUACCCACCUCCUUAAUUUCGUUCUAUGUGGUGGCCGAAAAAUGUAAGACUCUCGGCGCCAAUGUUUACGAAACAUUCUCAACGUCGCCCGCAGCAUAAAUGAAAGUCCAUUUCUGUACUUUGGCAACUAUGCAAGCAUUUCUCUAUUUAUGCACAUCUAAUUGUAUUGUAAAACAUCAACUCAUAUAUACAUUGUGUUUAAGUUAAGAAAAAUUCGAUGUAUUAAAAUGGAUUUUUUUUUCUCUUUUCUUUUUUAUAACUAUGACUAUGCUCAUCACACAUAACUGCAUGAAACGUUUGGUUUUUAAUAAUAAAUUAAUUUAAUAUAAUAAGCUAUUAAUUUCGCACGUAUGUAUACUCUAAGAAAGGGCCGAAUGGAUACUGGCAUUAAAAUAAAUAAGUU